UAUGGCCUUUGAUCUAUCAGGUGUCCCCCUGGCGUCCUUGAUCCUUCCCCUUUCCGCUAUUCCAUUCCCAUCUGCCAACACCAUACAAAGCCACCUCCCGGUAACACUAACGCCACCAUUACCUCCCCACUCCACUUUCUGCGCACCCUUUUCACUAUCUUGCAUUUUAUUAUCAUCAUUCUUAUCAGUUAUCACCAUCACUUAUUAAAGUUACCGAAAGCUACCCACAUCCGCCUCCUCCGGACCACCGCCGCCGCCGCCUCCUCCUAUUCUUCUUCUUCUUCUUCUUCUUCUUCUUCUUCUGUUCUUCCCCACUUCCUCUACAUCUUUCCUCUCUUAAAAAGCUUUCUUCUGGAAGCUUCUCCUCCGGCUCCGAUGCCGUCCAAACCCUUGCACUUCCGCGGCGCCUCUCUCUUCAUCUUGUUCUUCUUCCUCCUCCUUCUCCUUUUCUUGUACUCCUUCCACCGCUCUUCCUCCUCCGAUCGCCAGCACGGGCUUUCCGCCACCGAUGCUCAGCGCCUCUUCCUCGCCCUCUCCGCCGGCGCCAAUGCCACCAUCGCCUUACACCUACGCACUCUCACUCUCCACCCUCACCUCGCUGGAACCCCUUCCGCUGCCGUCCCCGCCUCCUACGUCCUUUCCCAUUUCCGAUCCUCCGGUCUCCGCGUCUUCACCGUCGACUAUUCCCCACUCCUCUCCUACCCCGCCUCAGCCUCCCUCUCCCUCCUCCGCUCCGAUGGUGCGCUCCUGAAGUCCCUCCCCCUCGCCGAGCCCGCCGACCCUUCGGCCGCCGCCGUCGCGCCGUACCACGCCUACUCCCCCUCCGGUGCUGCCGUCGCCCCCGCCGUAUACGUUAACUUCGGUCGCGAGAAGGACUACAACUUGCUCCAUAGGAUGGGCGUUGAAGUCAAGGGGUGCGUCGCGAUCGCGCAGCGUGGCGAGGAGUACCGGGGCGCGGUGGUGGCCAGGGCCGCGGCGAAGGGAGCGAAGGCGCUGUUGUUAUUUAAGAUAGCUGACCUAGGUGGGGUUGAGAGGGGGACCGUGUUGCUCGGUGGGGUCGGAGAUCCGCUGACCCCGGGGUGGGCUGCCCCCUCUGACGAAGGAGGCGAGAGGCUCGACGCCGAGGAGGCGGAGGUGAGGCGGAGGUUUCCUAAGAUUCCGUCAAUGCCGGUGGCGGAAGAGGUGGCGUUGAAGAUUCUAAGUACGCUUGGUGGACCCACGAUGCCGCCUGAAUGGAGAGAUGAUUUGCGUUUGGCGGCGGAGUGCGGCGUCGGACCAGGUCCCAUGUUGGUCAACUUCACCUAUCAGGAAGAUAGAAAGGUGGCAAAGAUUCAAAAUAUUUUUGGCAUCAUACGGGGAAGAGAGGAACCUGAUCGUUAUGUCAUCCUUGGCAACCACAGAGAUGCAUGGACAUUUGGUGCUGUGGAUCCUAAUAGUGGUACAGCUACUCUCCUUGAUGUUGCUCGCCGUUAUGGAAGUUUGUUGCGCUCUGGCUGGAGACCUCGAAGGACAAUAAUCUUAUCUAGCUGGGAUGCUGAGGAAUUUGGAAUGAUUGGAUCUACUGAAUGGGUAGAGCAGAACCUUGGAUGGUUGACAUCAAAAGCUGUGGUGUACUUGAAUGUUGAUUGUGCAGUUCAAGGUGAUGGUUUUUUUGCUGGUGCAACUCCCCAGUUGGAUAAUAUUCUAGUUCAAGUAAUGAAGCAGAUUCAAGAUCCAGAUAUCGAAGGCACUGCAGUUUAUGAUAAUUGGGUAGCAAAUCAUGGUGGUGUUAGUAAAAUUGAAAGGUUGGGUAGAGCUGAUUCAGACUUUUCUGCUUUUUUGCACAUUGCUGGCGUUCCUUCAAUAGAUAUGUUUUAUGGAGAUGUCUUCCAUGGCUACCAUACUGCUCUAGAUAAUUUCAAAUGGAUGGCAGAACAUGGUGAUCCAUCAUUCCAUCGUCACAUAGCCAUUGCUGAAAUAUGGGGGCUCUUAGGUCUUCGUCUUGCAGAUGAUCCAAUUUUACCUUUUAAUUAUCUUUCUUAUGCUACCCAGUUACAUGUUGUCACUAAGUUAUGAACUUUUGCAUUAUUUCAUACUUGGCCUGGUAAAAUUGCUUGUUUAUAUCGGUGGAAGAAUAGGUACGCAAGUUACAGAGCCAUAACUAUAUUUGUCUGAUCACUAAAUAAACUAGGAAUCAUCUUCGUUCUUUUGGUCUUCAUGGGUUAUAUAAUUACUGCACUGACCUUUCUGUAAUAUUUAGGAUUUUUUUAUACGUUAUGUAUAUUUAUCUUGCUAAAUUCAUAGGCCUUGGUUUAAAACAAACCAGAACUUUUAGAUCAUAUUGCUACAUGUUAUAUCUGAGGGGUGUCCUAAGACAAUCGUCUUAUGAUUUAUAUUAUUUAUUGGAUAAAUAAAGAUUCACUAUUUGAGUAUACAUAUUUAAUGUAUGUGAUUGGAUCUUAAACUCAUUUACUGUAUGUGAUUGGAUCUUAAACUCAUUUACUGAAUGUUCAAAAUACGAUUAUGGUAACUAGUGAGCAUUUUUAUAUGUGUAAUUAUAAAUGUAUUGAAAUCUUCCUUUGUCAACGAAUUGAUGUAUUCGGGCAUCAUUGAUUUUGUGAGACUAAUAUGGAUUAUACUCUUUGGUCUAACUAAGUAAUUGCUCUUCACUAGUGGGAGACAUUGAUAUGUCGAAAGUUAAAUGUAGAUGCUAAUUGUGAUAACUAGUUUAUCGGAGUGACCUGUUGUAAGACUUCAUAUGAUUAUUUACAUAUAUGGAUAUGUCAAUGAAUCUCUUAUUGUAGUUCAAGUGUAAGUUUCCUUCAACUUGAGGUAUUCAAGUCAAUUUGGUUAUGGAGACUUAUACUUGGACAUCCUAAGCAAUCAUCUCGUUGGAGGUGUGACCUCGGAUGAUUGGGUAUAAGUCAAUGUGCUCGAAGGUGUUUGGAUAGCCCAUAGAGGAUUCACCACUCCAUACGAGGAGACACAUUCCCUAUGACCACUUAUCAUGAUUAUUAUUCAAAGUUUUUAGUAAAAGCAUCACAUGUUAGGAGUAUUGUACUUUUGGACACAUGUAUGAGUAAUUUGAAUUCGCAGAACGAGGAAGUAUUACUUGGGAUAAGUGUGAUGUAGACGAUUUCCUGAACUAAGUGGAUAUAAGGAGUGAAAGAAACGAGACACGACUCACUUGAGCUGUUGAAAGGUUUAUAAGUGGUUUGGAAAAUGUAUUACUAGGUGCCAUCAUGAUCGAUUCAUAAUUAAUGAUUAAUUAUUGACGACCAACAUAAUCGGGACCGGUCACAUGCACUAUGAGUUUAUCCAUGGGACUUAAAACGAGUUUGAAAAUUGGAUUCUCAGACCGAGACUGAGUCUGGUUGGACCAAAUGAGAAGCAAAUACAGAAAGAUAUUUAUCGGAACGAAAGUGCGGAUGUGCUGUCUUUUGAAUAUGAGUUGAACUCUCUUUGUUUUAAUUAUAAACUAAAUUGGUUUGAUUUUAAUUAAAAGAGUUUUGGUUUUGAGCCGAACCAAGAGCUUAAUGGAUUGUGUUUUGGUUAAGACUUA